GGCUGCUAGUGGGAGCGAGGAGACUCCUCUCGGCUGGUCCGCUGGCACUCGCUGCUGCUGCCGCCGCCGCUCGCAACCGCGAUCGCAGCCCAGCGAUUCCGAAACAGCCUGCACCCUGGGCUGCGCGGUGUGGAGCGGGGAGUGAUUCCGAACUUGCAGGGGACUGCGCUUCUCCCGGGCCUGGAGAUUGUGAACAGGCUGCCUGCAAGUGACCUGCGGAUGGUCCACAGCGGGCCUGUUUAUCAUCCAGGAUACCUGUUGCUCCCGGAGCAGCGCCACAGCCAGGGGUCUGGGUUGCAGAUUUGCAAUGAUAUGGUGAACCCAAAGGCUGGAACCAAAACGAUUUUCUCAGCUCUUUAGUUUGAACGACAGGGAGUUGUCUACCACCACCCAGCAUGGCUAAAAGUGCAGAGGUCAAAUUGGCAGUAUUUGGAAGAGCAGGCGUGGGCAAGUCAGCUCUUGUAGUGCGAUUCCUGACCAAGCGGUUCAUCUGGGAAUACGAUCCCACCCUCGAAUCAACCUACCGACACCAAGCAACCAUCGAUGAUGAAGUUGUCACCAUGGAGAUACUAGAUACUGCUGGUCAGGAAGACACCAUUCAAAGGGAAGGACACAUGCGAUGGGGGGAAGGCUUUGUGCUGGUCUAUGACAUCACUGACCGAGGAAGUUUUGAGGAAAUGCUGCCCCUGAAGAACAUUCUGGAUGAGAUCAAGAAGCCCAAGAAUGUGACUCUCAUCUUGGUUGGAAACAAAGCUGACUUGGACCACUCCAGGCAGGUCAGUACUGAAGAAGGAGAGAAGCUGGCCGCGGAAUUGGCAUGUGCUUUCUAUGAGUGUUCUGCCUGCACUGGAGAAGGGAGCAUCACGGAGAUAUUCUACGAGCUGUGUCGAGAAGUGCGUCGCCGGAGGAUGGUGCAGGGCAAGACAAGGCGACGCAGCUCCACCACACACGUCAAGCAAGCCAUUAACAAGAUGCUCACCAAAAUCAGUAGCUAGGCAGCUCGCUCUCGCGAAGGCCCUGCGGAGGUGGGUCGGCUCAUUGGAAACACUUUCUUGUCCUUUUCCCUUUUUUAUCCCCCCAAAUAAAAGAAAAUAGUCCAGCCCUCACUCUAACGCUGGGAACUAUCUGAGCUUCCCCUUCUUCCCAGCCUCCUACAUGUUGAGAAGUUAUAGAGUGUUUUAUGCAAUUCCAGUGCUGACAGUUACUCCCUUCCCUGCUUGAAUAAGGUACACCUUCUUGCAAUUUGGACAUGUAAUCACCAGAGAUUCUGAAAUGGCUGGGUUCGUGUUAAGCUAUUUUUAGGCAUCAUCACUUUGCUUCCGUAGGUUGAAAUCUUUUCAGAGGCAUUUUUAAAUUCCUUUUCUCAUCAAAGUCUACAGAUGAUCACCUUAGAAGUUCAAGACAAUAGGAAAUACAGUAAAAACGCAGGAAGAGUAGCUGAAAGAUUGGAGCAUGGAAUGGUGUCCUGGUUCCUAUUUGAAGCAAGGAUUUUCUGAAUUAUGUUAUAUUAUCUUGUUUUUCUUGAACCUUUAUUUUGUUCUUAAAUUCAAACAUGUUCUCCCAAGGUUUUCUAUUGUGUAAUAGAGAAUUCCAUUUCAAUUGGUUCUCUCAAUGAUCUAUUUAUUGAUCAUCGCACCCUAAUUCUUCUUCUGUAACUCCAACAAGAGUUCAUUAUAACAGAGGCAGCAGGACCCCUCUGCUCAGAUCCUGCUAUGCACUUUCUCACCAAGCCUGGGGUGAAGUAAAGACACUAGGAAUAUUUUCACCAAACCCUAACUUUAUUGAAUGCUAACAGAAGGUUUAGAAUUAGAGAUAUCUGAUUCAUUUGUCCAAAAGCAGAAAAAUUAAGAAUAAAGCUGAAAUACUCUUGUGUUGGGGAGCCGAGCUCUGUGCCAGACACAGUAAGAAAAAUUGGCCUCUGAUGCAUUAUGUUGGUUACAUGACUUCUUCUAAUUCAGGUUGGGACAAAAGUAGGUUUACAGCUGUUCAUGUGGAAAAUAAUUAAUAAACAAUAAUACCAGAAUAAUCUGUGUUUUGUGUACUCACAACUAUAAACUUACUUUUGCCCCACCCUGUAUUUUGGAUAAAUUAAUUCAUGUAGGAAAAUUCAGAAAAGAGUGGCUGAUUAAAGUUCACUAUACCCAAAUAAAUGUGUAUAAACCAGGUUCUUUUAUUGUGAAAAUGCACAGUCUAUAACUGAUAGAACCUUAUGAUUCUUUUUUCCGUAUUUUGCCCCCAUAUAUCAAGACUUGGGCACUUUAUUUUAGAAGAAAAUAUGUAUCUUUUACAUAUGUGUGUAAUUUAUAAAUGCAUAGAUAUAUGUAUAAAAAUGUGUAAGAAUUGGAGGCUUCAAUUCACCAAAUGCAUUUGGACAACUUGGUGUAACUAUUUUGUGUGAAUAUAAUAAAAAACAUAAUUUUCA